CACGCUGUAUUUAGUAAAUUUGUAAACCUCAGUUGUUGUGUUAGCCUGUUGUUUUCCAUGGCAAAUGGGUGUGAAGAAGUUAUCUUUACUCGGGGAACCGGUCAAAGUGACGAUUCUGACAUCUGGGAUGACACCGCUCUGAUAAAGGCAUAUGAUAAAGCGGUUGCAUCGUUUAAGAAAUCACUAAAAGGAGAGGAUGACGUGGAGACCCAUAAGAAAGAUAAGCCUGGAAAGAAACGUAAAAAUAACAAAAAGAACAAAGGCAGAAAGCGGAGUAACACUUCUCCUGAUAAAGAGUGGCAGGUUGGGGACUCUUGCUAUGCCUUCUGGUCAGAGGAUGGGCAGUUGUAUCCAGCCACAAUCUCCUCAAUAGACCAGGAGAAAGGCACCUGCGUUGUUGUUUAUACAGGCUAUGGAAAUGAGGAGGAACAGAACCUCUGUGACCUUCUAUCUGAGGGGUCAGAGGUCAACGAUGAAGUUCAGAAGACCACAGGCGUGAAAGAUGUAGAGUCUUCAACUGAAGAAAGUGAUAGAUCGUCUACCCCUCACCAUUCCAGCUACCACCAGCAUUCUAAACCCAAAUUGAACCCACCCCCUGCGCCUCCUGCUUGGGGUCCUGGUUUUCCCCCAGGUCUCCCUCCAGGUCCCAGCUUUCGAAUGCGUGACAGCAGAAAGUCUGGAGUCUCUGGACCUACCCCUCCUGGCUGGCCUCCCAUGCUUCCUCCCGGUCCACCGAUGAUCCCUCCCCCACCCCUGAUGAGCCCAGACGGACUGGAGGACGAUGAGGCUCUGGGCAGCAUGCUCAUCUCCUGGUACAUGAGUGGAUAUCACACUGGAUACUACCUGGGAUUGAAACAAGGCCGCAAAGAGGCUGCAGCGUCGAAGAGGUCCUAUCACAAAUGAAGCCUGGCAGUCAAAGCCCUAAGUCUGGUUAUUGUUAUUUUAACCAGAGUGAGUGAUGAUGAUGAAUGCUUGAGCGUUUGUGUCAAAGUUGAUGUUCCCUUUCUGGGCUUUUUG